UAAUUGAGCUAAUCGGCAUGUUUUCUUUAGCGAAGCUAAGCAGCUAACCGGGGUUGCCAAGGUCUGCUAACGUCACGUUUCAUGUCAAAACCCCCCAAAUAAUAAACGAGUUAGAGAUGGCUUCUUCAGACUGGCACCUGUCCUUGAAGCUGGUGGAUCGGCCCAAAUCCACCUUCCACUUCCCGGACAUGAUGCCAGGGGAUGUCCCACCUGGAGGAUACAGGAUCGCUACUGUGAAACAACUGGUGGCAGCACAGAUCCCAGACACCAUCCCAGAUCCUGAACUAAUAGAGCUGGUCCACUGUGGGCGGAAACUGAAGGACGACUUGACUCUGGAUGCCUGUGGGAUUCAAUCGGGAUCCACCUUACACAUCCUCAAAAAGACUUGGCCAGACUCAGCGAACAAUUCAGAGCCUGUAAACAGAGCAACUGCAGCCAGGGAGUUCAGGGUGUUUCAUGCUGCUCUUCACUCUCUAAACUCUGCCUACAGAGACUCAGUAUAUAAAAUGCUGACAAAUAAAGAGUCUUUGGAUCAGAUCAUUGUGGCUACACCGGGGCUCAGGUCGGACCCGGUUGCUCUCGGUGUGCUCCAAGACAAAGAUCUGUUCGUGCAGUUCACAGACCCUAGCAUGCUGGAUGUAUUGAUCAGUUCCCACCCAGCCCUCGUCAAUGCCAUCAUCCUAGUCCUGCACUCUGUGGCAGGCAGCAUGCCCACUCAAUCCAGCGGCAGCUCUUCUCGCAACGUCUCUGCCAGUUCCUACAGUGAUAUGCCAGGGGGCUUCAUGUUUGAGGGCAUGUCUGACGACGAGGACGAUUUCCAGUCUGGAAGUCCAGCAGGUCCCUCCAACCGAGCAGGAGGCUCCGGGGGAAUGCGACCAGUGUCUCUGAGCCACAGUGGAGCGACGGGCCCUCGACCAAUAACACAAAGCGAGCUGGCGACAGCUUUGGCCCUCGCCAGCACUCCUGACAGCAGUGCGGUCACUCCAACAACUUCAAGCCAGUCGGACCCCUCCAGUGGCGUAGCCCCGAUGCCAGCAGGGACCCCGGUCAGUAACGAUCUCUUCAGCCAGGCUCUACAGCAAGCUCUGCAGGCCUCCAACAUGACCGCUCUACAGGGCCGCUGGCAGUCCCAGAUGCAGCAGCUCAGGGACAUGGGGAUCCAGGAUGAGGAUCUGAUGCUGAGGGCGCUGCAGGCCACAGAUGGUGACAUCCAGGCUGCCCUGGAGCUCAUAUUUGCUGGAGGCCCAGGACUCUGAGCCCAUAACCCCACAGACAUCAGCCUUUAUAAAGGAGAGAGAGAGAGAGAGAGAGAGAGAGAGAGCAGGAACACGUUUAAGCAUCCUGCUUCUCAGACAAGAGAAAUUAUGGCUUUAGACAUACAGUAUACAUCUUUUUUAAUUAUUAUUAAUACCCUGUUCACCCAAUUUACAUACAGUAUCAUAUCUGAGCUCCACAAAGUUCAUGACAGUUUUGACUGGAUGUAUAAUAAAUGUGAUCAUGAUUACCUCAUCAACUCCUGAGCC